UUAACGUAUCAAAUGACAAUACACUAUCUGGCGUGAUGAGUAUUUUUUCGUUCCAUGGAUGUAUAAAAUUAUACGUGGAGAAAGAUGGGUCGACGGCACACGACCGUCCAAAUACCGUUUAUCAAACGGAAAUGUGUCGUACCCGCAAUGAUCAAAGGAAUUACGUCAAUCGCGAACGAGGUCGUACAUCAAGGUAUAAAGUAAUGAUCUUUAUAAAUCUUUUUCGUGAUUUCUCAAUUAGUUUAGGUGCGCGAAAUUAAUAACUUUGUCUUGUAAGUGUUUCAGAGAGUUUGGAGUUCCAUCUCAGCCAGUUAGUGCAGCAUUGCCAUCUGCUGUGAUGGAUCCGUCUCCGUUGGUUGAUCAAAAUGAGUGGUCUACUGUCCCUCCUUAUCAAAGUCCACGACCAUCAUCUUAUGUUCACGAAUGGACGGAUUGGGAAGUCAGAACCACUAUCCCUCCUUAUCAAAAUGAAGGUCCAUCAUGUAGUGUUCAUCAAUGGCCGGCUUGGGAAGAAAGAAAUACUAGCCCUCCCUAUGUAGAUGAAGGUCCAGGAUCAUCUAGUGUUCAUGAAUGGCCGGCUUGGGAAGUAAGAAAUACUAACCCUCCUUAUGUAGAUGAAGGUCCAGGACAAUCUAGUAUUCAUCAAUGGUCGGCUUGGCCAGUAAGAAAUACUAUCCCUCCUUAUCAAAAUGAAGAUCCAUCAUGUACUCAUCGUGAAUGGACCAAUCGGGGAGUGACUACAACUGAUCUAUUGGACGUAAGUAGAAGUGAUGAGGAGUAUGUUAGUGAAACUGAUGAAGAGGAUCAAGGGCGAAUUGAUGCUGAUUCUAGUGAUGACGAGGAGUCCUUUGUUGCGUGUUCUUUGGAUCCUGAUCAUGACGGUGGCUUGAAUGCCCUCGCAUGCGCCAUUCGAGAUGAAGGUGUUGAAUGGAUUGAAAACUCAAAUGCCAACAACGAAGAUGUACCGGACCCGGUGGAAUUCGUGGAAUUUGAAGAUCAACGACAACGGUUUGUCCUGGGUAAUGAAUUAAUUAAUCAAAGCGUUGUUGAUGCAUAUAGUGAACAAAAUAUUGAUCAGGGUCCUCCAAGUGAUGAAGCAUGGGCUAAUCGGACUUUUUCUGAUAAAUCAUCGCUAGUAAGGGCUUUGGACGCUUGGCACAUUGCACAUAAUGUGCAGCUUAAAGUUGUUAAGUCAAAUACAACUAGAUAUACUGUGCGAUGUGUGGUCGAUUCUUGCCCUUGGAGAUUACAUGCCUCUCAACCGAAAGGUAGUUCAUUUUUUAAAGUAAAGACUUAUAAAGGUCCGCACACUUGUUUGGUUCUAAUUCUAAAUACAAGACAUCGAAACUGUACAUCAUCUUUCAUAUGUCAAUUUAUACCACCUACACUGAAGGCAAGGCUUACAAUGAGUCCUAUGGAAAUUCAAGCCCGAGUUCAGAGCGAGUUACACAUUAGCAUAUCAUAUAGCAAGGCUUGGAGGGCACAGAAUAAAGCACUACAAAUUAUAUACGGCAGUUGGGAGCAAUCAUACUGCGACCUUCCUCGAUACUUCUUUAUGUUGGAAUCAACAAAUUCAGGAACUAUUACAAAGAUUGAUUAUAUUAGUGUGGCGAGCAAUACGAGAAUGUUUUCACGAGCCUUUUGGGCUUUUGGACCAUCGAUUCAUGGUUGGGAGUAUUGCCGGCCAUUACUUAGUAUCGAUGCUACUCAUCUAUAUGGAAAAUACGGAGGCCACGCAUUAAUUGCCACAGGUGUCGAUGCCAAUGAUUCUCGAAGAGAUGGGGAUAAUGCUUUCUCAUUGUGCUCUCGAGCUCCCAAGUAG